CAAAUCUCAAGUCAUUCAUCACUCACUUCGAAUUCCAGUUGCAUUCAGUGCGGCUGCAGUGAUAUGACUCCAGUCCUGUUACGUGUCCGAUUUUAUUCUAUAACACCGACUUUUACAAUCGACUAAAACCCAAUAUCCCUGGAUCGACUUCACACUCGCGCAUGUGCCGCUUCGUGAUUUACAAGGGCACAUCACCUGUGCAGCUGUCUCAUCUCUUAACUCGACCCUGUCAUUCCAUUAUAAACCAGGCCUUUGAUUCGCGGCUACGUCUCGACCGUCGUCGACCGAUCAACGGUGACGGCUUUGGGGUCGGCUGGUAUGAUUCGAUCCACGACGAGGAACUUGGCAGCCAACCCUGUAUAUUUACCUCCGUCUCGCCAGCAUGGAACAACGUAAAUUUAAUCCGAUUAGCCGAGAAAAUAAAGUCGCCGCUUGUCUUUGGGCACGUCCGCGCGACCACCACUGGUUCUUUGUCUUUGGACAACUGCCACCCAUUCACAUAUGGGAAACUUAUGUUUAUGCAUAACGGUGGUAUUGCAGGCUUUCAUCUGAUUAAGCGACGACUGCAGGCCGAUCUGUCAGAUGAUGUUUUCAAUAUAGUGCAGGGGAACACUGACUCUGAGUGCGCUUUUGCACUACUGCUGUCGAAGCUUCCCGAUCCAAAGGCUAAGAGCUUUACCACUCGCAGCUUGCAGCAGGCAAUGUUGGAUACCAUUGCAACAUUGAAUUUGUAUACCGAAGAAGCCGGUAUCACUGAGCCAAGCUUGAUGAACUUUUGCGUUACGGAUGGCGAGAGUGUUAUUGCAACGCGUUACAUUUCCUCUCGGCAUGACGAAGCUGCGUCUUUGUGGUUCUCGUCUGGGACGACAUUCAGCGAGUACGCCCAAGGCGGUCAUUACAGGAUGGCGAAAGCUGAUAAAAGAGAAAAUAUCAUCAUGAUUGCCAGCGAACCGCUUACUUUCGAAAAAGCGGACUGGAUGGAGAUACGCACGAAUAACAUGGUCGUGAUCACACCCAAAAUGAACCUUCUCCAAAUCCCCAUCAUUGACAAAUUCUAUGUCUCUCCUUCUGACCCAGCGGCGCAGAAUCGUGACACUGACUUUGCCGCGGCCAAGGGCCUCCUCAGCCCACGUAAAGCCUUGACUCCAGACCAGCCUCGCGAAAACGCCCCUCAGUUGUCCAUUUGAUCUUUUUCUUGUGAUUCCUUCGUCGCAUUUUAUCCUAUCCAUCGCUAUCUUUGUUGUGUUCCACUGUUAUCAGGAUGUGUAUAGUAGAUGACUCAGAUUAAUGUCGAUUACACGUUAUAGACCCUUGCGUUCAACGGCUGUGAAUGAAUAAUACGUAUUG